CCCCCAACUCCAACUACUACUACUACCACUUUAUAGUUUAUUUAGCCUCAUCAAAUAUUUCUUGACUCAUCAUCCAAUAUAAUAGCAACCACACAAGAAGACAACAACUUUAAUCUUCUUCUCUUCUUUCUUUCUUCUUCUUCAUCUUACUUUUCAAUUUCUGAAUUUCACCAUCAUCCAGAUCUUCAAACCUAAGAAAAAUUCAACAAAUGAAAAUGUCAAUUCAAUUUUCCUACAUUCAGAACUCACAAGUUUAAUUAGAUUACAGAAGGAAAAAGAAAAAGAGGAGAGGAGAGAGAAAAAUUGGUCAGAUGAGGUGCAAGAAACACUUAUCGGAUUACAGUAGUAGCGUCGGUGUUUGCGCUUCUUGUCUUCGUGAACGACUAUUUUUCUUAGUCGAAGCUCAAUCUCAACUGAAAUCGAAUUAUUCCGAUUAUCCUAACCCUAAUUGUAACAAUCGUAAUAAUAAUAAUAGUACGAAUUCUCUCUCCUCAAAUCGUCAACAACAACAACCGCAACCUCCGCCGUUGAUCUUCCCGAGGUCAGUUUCGCCGUACAUUUCUCGCCGGAAAUCCGAUCAAACAGUUGCCGGAAACAGCAAGCCAGUGAUCCAACGAUUCUACAGCACACCACAAGUAGGUCCAACGAAGAAGAAGAACGCCGGAAAAUUCAACCUAAUUACGCGACUUUUCCGAUCUAAAUCGAGCGUAGUGAGUUCGUCCUCGAAUUCAGAGGUCGGAAUCGCUGAAUUAACUCGCCGGAGUAACCGCGGAAUGUCGCCGGAAAACGAGUGGGAAGACGAGGUGACUCGGCCGAGUCCAGGACGAGUUAGGCCGAGUCCGGCAAGAUUGGCGAAUAAUGUGGCGAAUUUGGCGCUUUGUUUGAGUCCGCUAGUUAGAGGUACUCCUGCUAGUCGAUCGCAUUGGGGAAUUGAGUCGAGUUUUUCCGGCGAAAUUAGGGUUCCGGCAAUCGGAAAAAGUAAUAGUGGUAGUUGUAAUGUUAAUAAUCAUAAGAAGAAGCCACACUUGGGUGAUGCGGCGUCGUUUUGUGCGAAUCGAUCAAGGAAGCUUGCUGAUUUUGGAAGGUUAAAUCGGAAUCGUUGACUUUGACCACAACUACUUAAUUGGAUGCAUUAAUGAUGAUGAUGGUGGGUGAUGUUGACAAUUUCAGUAAUUACAAUUCUGCCCCUUGUUAGUGUAAUUGAUUGUUGAUACCAAAAAAUAUUAUUGGAACACAUUUUGCUCUGUACAUUCAAGUUUUAUUUUAUUUACUGCUCUAUAAGUAUAAAAUAGGUUGCUGCCAAAAAAAAAAAAAAAGUAUAAAAUAGGUAGUAUUAUUAUUUGCAA